UGUCAACCUGUCACCGGUUAAUUUUCGUACAUUGGUGCGCAUGUCUAUGGGCCAUCUGUCAAAUCGGCUGAUUGGUCAUAUUCAUCUGAUAAAAACAAUAAAAUGUUCUCUUUUUGCUAAAAUUUAUCAACAGUCCUAUUGUGUAUUAUUAAUUACAAUCUUGUGUAUAAGUAUUUUUUUCAAUAUCACGUUAUCGAUAUUCAAGCAUUGAAAAAUGACCUACUAGUAGAAUCGUAACCCAAAUAAAGACGUUAAGACGUUAGUAAACUUGUUUUCAAAGUAAAGAGGGUCACAAAUUUUACAUUAUCAGAUGAAAGUUAAAGUCAAAUUACGCUAUAUUCAAAAUUGUUUCAUCUAAGUGUUACAAAAUGUAGUUGAAUUUAUUGUUUACGGAAAAUGACAAACAAUUAUCUAUCAGCCCAAACUGAUCGGUCGGCGGAUUGGCGGUCGCGUCGACCGGCGAUAUGAAGAAGGCCACUGUUAAUUAUGAACAUACUCACUCGUUACAAAAUGAUGAAGAUGAUAGUCAUGAGAUAAUAUUAGAACGCGAUCCAUUCCUGCGCCGGAAGUCUCACCGUAUUGCUGUCCUUUCAGGGCAAAAUGGAUUGGAAGAAAAACCAUCUAAAAGUAAUGUUGAAUUACCCUCAAAAAAUAGACGAAGCUGGGAAAGAGAAGAAGAAGUGCUUUUAACUAAUGAUUCAUCUUUGGAUGAUGAGGAUGCUGCAAGAAAACUACGAAAAUGGAGUAAAAGUAAAAUAGAUUUAUUGAUGCCUAGUUUACGGUCCCUGGUCACUUUGGCCAGGGGCAAGUCAUCCUCAGCUACAUCAUUAAAUCAACCGGGUUCAGCAGAAAGUUGGUCCCAUUUAGAAUGUGUAAAGGAUGAUGAACCAAUUCGUAAGUAUAACACUAUGGUAACAUUAUCAAAUGUAGUACUAAAUCGACCAGCAGGAAUCAAACCAAUAAACCGUUUAAGAGAUACCGCUGUUUGUUCAAGAUGUAGUAGUGUUUUAUCUUUAGCAGCCUCUUCAUCUAGAUAUUCAUUAGGGUCAACAUCAAGUUUUGUUACACAUCGAGAUCAACCUAUUGUAUUAUGUAAAGUAUGUUUAAAUGAAGUUCCUGUAAAAAAUUCAUGGACACUUCAACAGUGCGGAUGCUCCUAUUGUAUAGAAUGUGUAAGAGCAUAUGUGGAAUUUGAAAUCAACCAAGGGGCAUACAAUAUAUCUUGUCCUGAUGCUCAGUGUCCUAAGCAAGGCAUUAUCCAAUUGGAAGAAAUAGAAGCAUUAGUCAGCAUAGAUGAAAUUGAAAAACAUCAUAGAUAUAGACUUAAUAAGGAAGUAGAAUUAGAUAAAAGUCGUAUGUGGUGUCCAAAACCUGGAUGUGAAACAGUUUGUCAUGUUGGAGAUCGUUCUCGACCUCACAGUGUAAUAUGUCCUACCUGUCAAACUGAAUUUUGCUCUGGAUGUCGAGCAACGUGGCAUCCAGGAAAACCAUGUCCUCCUCCAACUACACAAGACAUGCCUACUUUUGAUUCAGAUUUAAUUAAAUGUUGCCCUAUGUGCAGUGUACCUAUUGAGAAGGAUGAAGGCUGUGCUCAAAUGUUAUGUAAAAGAUGUAAACAUGUGUUUUGUUGGUAUUGUCUUGCUUCUUUAGAUGAUGAUUUUCUUUUAAGACAUUAUGACAAAGGUCCAUGUAAAAACAAAUUGGGUCAUUCGAGAGCCUCUGUUAUAUGGCAUCGUACUCAAGUUAUUGGUAUAUUUGCAGGUUUUGGUAUACUACUACUUGUAGCUAGUCCAUUAUUAUUACUAGCUGCUCCAUGUAUAGUUUGUUGUAAGUGUCGAGUAUGUACUAGUGGAUCAAAAUUAGAUGAUCCUGAUGAUGACAUAUUGGAUGAUCCAAAUUGACCAUAGUACAUAUUAAUACAUUGUGAAACAAAUUUUAAUUUUGUUUUUAAAUGAAAUGUAAUAGAUUGAAUAACUAAUAUUGCAAUAGUUGU